AAUAAAUAAAUAAAAGGAAAAGCGAAAGGCAUUUGUUUUUGUUCAACAAAUUAAUAGCUUGUCACUCCGAGGAGAUCAAGUUCAAGUGGUGAAAUACAAAACAAUGAUUAGUCUGCGAAAAUGAUUUGCGAAAAUAACUGAAAAGACAAUCAGCUAAAUAAUCAAUUCAAGGACAUUCGAGAAGCAUCCUUUGAAUAAAACUAUAAAAACUACGUGUUAAACAAAAAUUAUUGACGUAUUUAUUGCAAUGGAUUAUUAAGUUAGACAAGACUAACAAAGACCUCAAAAAAGUUGAUCAUGCAUCAUCCAAGCGUAUAAAUCGUUGGCAAUAAAUAACAAAAUCGAAUAGACGUUUUUGAAAAGUGCUUAAAGAAGGCUGUAAAACGGCAAAAACAAGUGAAAACCGCUGCAAUUCUAUGAGUUUUGUAAGCCUAAAAGCCAAAACAAUUGAUGUUUUAAUGCUGCCAAAUAGAUAGCAAUCAGCCCCAGCCGAUAAAACAAGAGAGAAAGCAAGGCAGAUCAACAGAUCAGUUAAUAAAUAUUGAAUAUAAAUAAAAAGUAAAGCCAAUCGUAACCAGAAAUGGCCAAAUACUUUAUAACCCUGGUGCUGCUGGUGUGCCUGGCCCUGGAGAACCGGAAUGUAUACAAUCGCCUGCACGCAAGAUCCCAUCCGAGUUCACGGGGCGACAUCCUUCGGCCGCAUCCCAAGCACCAGUCGCAUCCCCAUGUGCAGCACACCUCGCAGCAGCUGCAGCAGCAGCACCACAUCCGCCAGCAGAGAUCCCGCCAGCUGAAGCACCUGGAACCGGAUCCGACCAGCGAGGAGGACGAUGCGCCGAUCACCAAAAGGGAAUACUAUGCCCGCCUCAGGCGCCACCUCAUCCAGAAGAGGCAGCACCUGCUGCAACAGGAGCUGAGCUACAAUCAUCCCGAUGGCGGCCAUUCGGAGCAGCUCAAGGUGCCCCGCCUGUGGCAGCAUCUCAUGGAGCAGGAGGAGAAGGAGCACCCGGUCAUGUUCAGUGAUGCCCCCGAGGAGGAGUCAUCCUAUCCUGCCGAGGAUCCUUUCGAUGAUCUCUCGCCCCUGGACUUUGUGCGUAACGAACUGAUGGCGGAGGAGCAAAAGAAUCAGGACAAGGAUCUCGAUGUGGAUAUGGAACAGGAACCGGAGGCACCGAUUGAAGAGCCAGCCGAGCCGAGUGAGAGGAACAUCACCAUUUCGGUAAAGUCAAGCGGCGCAGGAGGAUGUCCCAAGUGCGAGAGCAACCGUCAGGUGGAGCACAUCACCGAGGAGCAGCUGACCCAUUUGCGGAUCGAGUUCGUCAAGCAACAGAUCCUGGAGAAGCUGCGGCUCAAGGAGAGUCCCAAGGUGUCCGCUGUGGAGCUGCCCAAGCCCAUUUUCGAUGGCAUGACACUCUCGCAUCCGGACGACAGCAACAAGAACAAGGAGCUAGACGAUUAUUAUGCCCGGACUAGCAAGAAGUUCAUACUGCUGAAUAGGGAGGAGGUCGAGUGCAAUCGUGUGGGAGGUGGAAAGUCCAAUCCGUCCAUGUGCUUCAGCUUCAAGAUCGACGAUGCCGAUGCCGACGGCUUUGAUGUGAGCACCGCCGUUCUGUGGUUGUUCAAGAACAAACAGAACCGCACAACCGAAGACAAAGGAUCCCUGAACAGCACCAGUUCCCAGCAGACAAUUGUCGUUUCCGAGGUGGAGGUGGAUCAACAGAAGGACUCCAAGUAUUUGACGGCCACCAAGACGAUAGCCAUCCAGUCGGUGAAUGUGCAAGAUGAGUGGAUGAAGAUCGACAUUGAGUGGCCCAUUAAACACUGGAUCAGUGGUCACGAGCUCAGCCACCUCAUCCAAAUCACCUGCGGCGGUUGCGAUGUCAGCGACAUGGAGGAGAUUAUCUCGGUGGACAAGGACUACCGACCUUUCAUCAUGAUCGACAUGCAGAAUCGGCGGAGGAAAAGCCGUCAGAAGCGCAGCAUCAACUGCUCCAGCGGAAUGACCGAGUGCUGUCGCGAACACCUGUACAUAUCCUUCAAGGACAUCGGCUGGAGCAACUGGAUCCUGCAGCCGGAGGGCUACAAUGCGUACUUCUGCCGCGGAUCCUGCAGCUCGGUGGCGAGUGUUACGCAAGCGGCAUCCCACCACAGCUCCAUAAUGAAAAUUCUCUCCACAAGCGGCGCAAACAAGUCGCUGGAGUUGGUGCCCUGCUGCACCGCCAAACAGUAUUCCUCGCUGCAGCUGAUGGUGAUGGACUCGAAAAACACGGCCACGAUGAAGACGCUGCCCAAUAUGGUGGUGGAGUCGUGCGGCUGCAGAUAGUCGGAACUAGAGAUAGAGCUAUCAUCAUAAAUCAACCAAGUUACAAUUACAUAUCGGACAAAUUAGACGUAGACUCGCUCCAUUUCAGUUAGCAUUCAACUACAUUUCUCUUCAAUUAAUUUAAACUCAUUUGCCAAGCAUUUACAUUAGCGUUAUAAUUUAAUUGUAAUUAUCUGUAGUGCAUGUGCUGCCACUAGUUGUAGUCUAAAGCUAAAGUCAAUGUACUUAAGCACUCGAAGUAUGUAGGUAGUUAGCAAAUAGCUCCAAUUAAUUUAAUAGCGUUACUAAGUGCUAUCUUUUAAUACGUAAUGUAAUUAUUUUCAUUGUUUAAGUAGCGUAUAUUGAGUUAUUAGCAGAAAAAAACAUAAAGAAAAGCGGAAAAAUAAAACAUUAUUAAAAUACAAAUAAAA